AUGGCGAUUGAAGAUCACGAGAACCCAAAUGAAGGAAUCAAGCCUAAGAGCAGAAGAAUCAUGGGAGGUGGUGAACCGGAGGAGGGAGAGAAUCAGUGGCCUCCAUGGCUGAUACCAUUACUGAAAGAACACUUCUUUGGUCAAUGCAACUUCCAUCUAAACUCACCUAAAAACGAAUGCAACAUGUAUUGUUUGGACUGCACCAAUGGCUCCCUCUGCUCUCUCUGUCUUGAACACCACAAGGAUCAUCGUACCAUUCAGAUAAGGAGAUCAUCGUAUCAUGAUGUGAUAAGGGUCAACGAGAUUCAGAAGCAUUUAGAUAUCUUGAGCGUUCAGACGUAUGUGAUCAACAGCGCAAAGGUUGUGUUUUUGAAUGAAAGGCCUCAGCGUAUGCGCGUUAAAGGAGUUAGAGUUACUAAUGCCUGCGAUGCUUGUUCUCGUGGCCUUGUUGAUAUUUGCUUUUGCUUCUGCUCUCUUGGCUGCAAGGUAGCAGGAACUUCUAGAAGCUUUGAGAAGGAAGUGAAGCAUACACUAAUGGAAGUAGAGAGUUUAAACAACAUUUCAGGAGUAGAGGAUAACAUUCCAAGUCCCCAGAUUUUAACCUCAUCAACACCUCAAGUUCCUACUUCUACUUCUUUGAGAAAAAGACCAAGAAAGAGUAUUCCUCAACGAUCUCCACUGCAAUGA